GCUGGUUCCUUCCUCCUGAGCUCUGUAGUCAGCCCCUGAGGAAGGUGUUGCUGGUCACCUUGGGCAUCCCUCUGUUGCCCUGAUUUGAAGGGGGUCCCUAAAAAAGCCUAAACCCAAAGACAAGCCUCUCUCCUUCCUGUUUUCAUGCCUUAGUUGGGGGCACUUGCUGUGGGCAGAGCUCAGGCUGGGCCCCUGACUCAGUCUCCUCAGUUCUCCUGGGAACUUUGGUGGAAGUCCUUGGAGGGGAAGGGCCUAAGAAUUGCCUUCUGGUUGGGAGAGAUUCUUAUCCCCCCAAACUUGUCCCUCCCCUGGCGGGUACACUUCUGAAUACCCUGAGCACUAUAGGGCAAGGCAGAGAGCCAGUCCCCCACCCCCACUCCCACCCCAGGACAGGGUUUCCUGAGACAGGGUGGGGGCCGCUGGGCAGAGCAGAGUGUCCUGGGAGAGAGGCACCCUGCCCCCACUCUCAGGCGGCACACAAUGGCCGCUUUCUCCCCCGUGACCUUUCCGCAGCCUGAGUUGUAUGCAGCUGUCUCCUCCCCAUAUCCCAAGGGGCCUAGGAUGGGUGGGAUCUGCUCCUGCCUUGAGAAGGACCCCAGAACUUCCACCCAGUCCUGGCUCUGCUUCUUCUUUCCAAAGUUCACUUUUCCCUACAGAGUGGAGAACGGGCUGCUAUAUGGGCAGAGGGACAGCAGCAAGUGUGGACAUGGUAUGGUCUCAGGCAUCAGAGUGCCACAUCCUGGCAAUUCCACUCAUUAGCCUUGCAACUUUGAACAAGCCCUUUAACCUCUCUGAGCCUUUGUUUCCUCAUCGCAGAGGUAGCAUGUCCUACCCCACCUGACAGUUGUAAGCAGCAUUAUAUAUAAUGCACCCAGCUGGUACCCAGUGGGUGCCCAGUCAAGCCCAGCUCCUUUGCUCUGUCUGUCCUCCUUAAGAGGGCUCCAGCUCACACUCUCAGUGAUGGUGGCAGGAAGCUCCAGCAUGAAAGGACCUCACCUGCUGGCAGACCCUGGCUGGGCAUCCAUCAGCAGGGGUGUGCUGGUGUGUGACGAGUGCUGCAGUGUGCACCGGAGCCUGGGACGCCACAUCUCCAUUGUCAAGCACCUUCGCCACAGCGCCUGGCCUCCCACACUGCUGCAGAUGGUGCACACGCUUGCCAGCAACGGGGCCAACUCCAUCUGGGAGCACUCCCUGCUGGACCCCGCACAAGUGCAGAGUGGCCGGCGUAAAGCCAACCCCCAAGACAAAGUCCACCCCAUCAAGUCAGAGUUCAUCAGGGCCAAGUACCAGAUGCUGGCAUUUGUGCACAAACUUCCCUGCCGGGACGAUGAUGGGGUCACCGCCAAAGACCUCAGCAAGCAACUGCACUCGAGCGUGCGGACAGGCAACCUGGAGACAUGUCUGCGCCUGCUAUCUCUGGGUGCCCAGGCCAACUUCUUCCACCCAGAGAAGGGCACCACACCUCUGCACGUGGCUGCCAAGGCAGGGCAGACACUGCAGGCUGAGCUGCUUGUAGUGUAUGGGGCUGACCCUGGCUCCCCUGACGUUAAUGGCCGCACACCCAUUGACUAUGCCAGGCAGGCGGGGCACCAUGAGCUGGCGGAAAGGCUGGUUGAGUGCCAAUAUGAGCUCACUGACCGGUUGGCCUUCUACCUCUGUGGACGCAAGCCGGAUCACAAGAAUGGGCAUUACAUCAUCCCACAGAUGGCUGACAGAUCUCGACAAAAGUGCAUGUCUCAGAGCCUGGACCUAUCCGAAUUGGCCAAAGCUGCUAAGAAGAAGCUGCAGGCACUCAGCAACCGGCUUUUUGAGGAACUUGCCAUGGACGUGUAUGACGAGGUGGAUCGAAGAGAAAAUGAUGCAGUGUGGCUGGCUACCCAAAACCACAGCACUCUGGUGACAGAGCGCAGUGCUGUGCCCUUCCUGCCUGUUAACCCGGAAUACUCAGCCACUCGGAAUCAGGGGCGACAGAAGCUGGCCCGCUUUAAUGCCCGAGAGUUUGCCACCUUGAUCAUCGACAUUCUCAGUGAGGCCAAGCGGAGACAGCAGGGCAAGAGCCUGAGCAGCCCCACAGACAACCUUGAGCUGUCUAUGAGGAGCCAGAGUGACCUCGACGACCAGCACGACUACGACAGCGUGGCCUCUGACGAGGACACAGACCAGGAGCCCCUGCGCAGCACUGGCGCCACUCGGAGCAACCGCGCCCGGAGCAUGGACUCCUCGGACCUGUCUGAUGGGGCUGUGACGCUGCAGGAGUACCUGGAGCUGAAGAAGGCCCUGGCUACCUCGGAGGCAAAGGUGCAGCAGCUCAUGAAGGUCAACAGUAGCCUGAGUGAUGAGCUCCGGAGGUUGCAGCGAGAGAUCCACAAGCUGCAGGCAGAGAAUCUGCAGCUCCGGCAAACUCCGGGGCCGGUGCCCACACCCCCACUCCCCAGUGAACGGGCAGAACACACACCCAUGGCACCAGGCGGGAGCACACACCGCAGGGACCGCCAGGCCUUCUCCAUGUAUGAACCAGGCUCCGCCCUGAAGCCCUUCGGGGGCCCACCUGGGGAUGAGCUCACUACGCGGCUGCAGCCUUUCCACAGCACCGAGCUAGAGGACGACGCCAUCUAUUCAGUGCAUGUCCCUGCUGGCCUUUACCGGAUCCGGAAGGGGGUGUCUGCCUCGGCUGUGCCCUUCACUCCCUCCUCCCCACUGCUAUCCUGCUCCCAGGAAGGAAGCCGCCACACGAGCAAGCUUUCCCGCCACGGCAGCGGAGCUGACAGUGACUAUGAGAACACGCAAAGUGGGGACCCGCUGCUUGGGCUGGAAGGGAAGAGGUUUCUAGAGCUGGGCAAAGAGGAAGACUUCCACCCAGAGUUGGAAAGCCUGGAUGGAGACCUAGAUCCUGGGCUUCCCAGCACAGAGGAUGUCAUCUUGAAGACAGAGCAGGUCACCAAGAACAUUCAGGAACUGUUGCGGGCAGCCCAAGAGUUCAAGCAUGACAGCUUUGUGCCCUGCUCAGAGAAGAUCCAUUUGGCUGUGACUGAGAUGGCCUCCCUCUUCCCAAAGAGGCCAGCCUUGGAGCCAGUGCGGAGCUCACUGCGCCUGCUCAACGCCAGCGCCUACCGGCUGCAGAGUGAAUGCCGGAAGACAGUGCCCCCAGAGCCUGGCGCCCCAGUGGACUUCCAGCUGCUGACUCAGCAAGUGAUACAGUGCGCCUACGACAUCGCCAAGGCUGCCAAGCAGCUGGUCACCAUCACCACCCGAGAGAAGAAGCAGUGACCUCUCCCCCCACACCCUCACCUGCACCCUAGGACCUCACUGGCCACAGGAGCUGGGCCACUCCAGACAUUAAUCCCCACCCCAACAGAGCCACUGGCACAAGUGCCCUUAGUGCUGCCACUCUCGCUGGCAGUCAGGCGCCCUGGUGCCCACCCCUGUCGAGCCCCUAAGGAUGGGGAGGUGGGGUGGCAGCAGCUUCUGUCCCCCACAUUCCAUGCACCUCUCCCUUGUAUAUAGCAUCUCCCCACCUCCUAGUGAGCAGGGGCCUGCAAGGCAUCACUCCCAGCCCCUGGCCCUCUAGGGCACCCUCAGCAAAGGGGCGGGUGGGGACACUCCAAGUGGGGCAGCUCUCCCCACACACGCCCCACCCCCAUGAGCCAGUUCAGCCCUAUUGGGGGCUGAGCGGGGGCAUCCCCUCCUUUGUACAUAGUCUCUGUGGAUGUCCCUGCCCUGUAGCCACCAGCCCCUUGCUGCUCUCCCUUUAAUGCCAAACGGCCCCUGCCUAGGGCACAGGCCCCAAUCUGUGUGCUGGGGUCCCCAGCAGCAAACACUGGAAAGUCUUUUUUUUUUCCUUUCUUCUUUCCCACCCCUUAAUUUUAACUUUGUGGUAACUGAGUGUCCCUGCGUGCCUGCGUGUGAGUGUGCGGGCGGCAGUGCCGUUCCGGAGGCCUGGUCCAUCUGGAGUUUCGAGGGGUGAGGGGACCAGAGCAGCGGGACCAGCGUGGGGGUCGGCUUCUCUUCCCCACCUGGAGCCAGGGGCUGCCCAGGUAACCAGCUGUGGUCCUGCCCACUGCCUCCCUGAUCCCUCCCCACUGUCGCCUCUUCUCUAUGAACUUCAAUUGAAAACCACUUCCCUCCAUCUUCUCCCGCUCCUGUGUGGAGGGGGAAUGUGUGUUGGCCAGGGCAGAGGACUGAGCACCUGAGCCUGGGGCUGGCUCCCCGGGGUCCCUGACUCAGCUGGUGGCUGUGGAGCUGAGUCCCCUCCCCGUAACCUUUGCGAGGCCAGCACCCAUCAUCACUACCUGCACCUGCUGUGGUCCCACCCUCUGGAGGCCUGGGAACCUGGCCUCGCGGCCUGGGAAGGCUGGAGAGGCAGAUGGUGGCACCCACCAGCUCUCUCCCCAUCCGGCCUCUUCCCUGGGGGCCAGGCCCUCCCCGUGUGGUGGUGGGUGGGCUGACUGUCAAGACAUGUGUCAUGUACAUUUGUAUCAAAAAUAAAGAAGUGACCAUGAGCUA